AUGUAUAGCUACUAAUAUAAAAGGAUUAUGUAUAUACGGUUUACAGACACAUUCGGUUGUUCAUGUAGAUUGUGCCUAAGCCUGGCAACUAAAAGUAAAAGUUGUUACGAGGAGCUGCGGGAGUCUGGUUUGCUUCGCCUACCCAGUUCCAGAACAUUAAAUGAUUAUAGGAAUCUUUACAGCACGCCUGGUAUCCAACAGCAUGUGUUGCAGGAGUUGAAGUUGGAGGCUGUAAAACUGCAUUUUCAUCAACGACUUCUUGUAAUGUCUCUAGAUGAAAUGAAGGGAAAUAUUGUGUAUGAUGCCACCACCGACUCCAUGGUUGGAUUCGUUGAUCUUGGGGCUGAAAGAAAAAAAGAAACGAUUGCUGCAUCCCAUGUGCUUCAGCUAUAUGUUAGAUCCAUCACGAGUCAGUUCUCUAGACCACUUGCUUUUUUUCUCCACCCACAACACCAAAGCAUAUGAAUUGGCCAGCAUGUUUUGGGAAGCAGUUUCUGCAAUUGCCGAUUGUGAUUUUACAAUAAUAGCACUUGUUGCAGAUGGUGCAGCUUGUAACAGGAAAUUGUUUUCUCUGCUAAACAACCUGGAUUUAGAUAUUCCCUACAAAUGUACAAAUAUCUACCAACCAGAGCUUUCAAUUUUCUUAAUAUCUGAUCCUCCCCACUUGCUUAAAAACCGCAUGUAAUAAUGUAAGAUCAAGUCGUCCAAAUGGUGCGCUAGACUUUUAAAAUAUAGUGACCAUUUUAUACUUUGGGAACAUUUCUGCCGAGUUCCACAGUUGUUCGAAACAGAUGAACUACGGUGCUGCAAGUUGCAUGAUGGUCACUUUUCGCAAAAAAGUUUCGCCAAAAUGCGAGUUUCUUAUGCUGCCCAGCUGCUUUCAAAUACAGUUGCGAGCUUGAUGGAAACUAGAGGUGGUGACAGAAUGAAGCGCAGUGCUUGGUUUGCUCGUCUGAUGAACCGAUGGUUUGAUCUAAUGAACACUCGCUUGAACGGUGGAUAUAACAAGGAUUUGCAGCCUUAUCGCAGUCCUAAAGAUCCACGACUGAGUUGGCUGAAAGUGGACUUCUUAAACGAGCUCCAAAACUGGAAAGAGAGCAUAACUGGUGACACUGCUACAGC